CCACCCGGCGCCAAGCUUACCACAAAAAAGUUUACAAAUUCUACAUUUAUCAGUGCUACUGGUAUAGGUACGCAUGGUAAUGAAGGCAACACGACAUCCGCCGGACAGGUGUUUAGCCUAAUUGAAGGCAAUAAUAAUCCGACUAAUUCACAAACUUUGCCUACUGUGCCGACGCAUACGCCUCCGGCAGUCAUACAAAUUCAAAACACAAAUAGCGCAAGCAUAGCCCACGAGGGUACUGCAACAGCAACAUCGACACCCACACCGGCACAAGGUAAAGUGUUGACGACAAAAAUAUUGCCAGUUGUGCUUAGUGGUGCCGGUACUGUGGUGGCAGGUGGUGGUGCUAACGCUGGUGGCAGCGUAAGCGUCGGCGGCAAUACCGUCAAUAUAACGAAAAUUGAAACGCUCAAUAAUGGUGCCAACCUUGUAAGUGCCGGCAGCGGAAGUGGUUCGAAUGUUUCGUUGAAAAAUAUGGGCUCAACACUACUGCUCUCACCCAAUCAAAGCAGUGGCACUGCUGGCAGUACACUGUUCUCAUCACUAACAUCGGGUACUCCGAUCUUCCGCAAAUCACAUAUUAUCAAAGCGGGCACAAUUGGCGUGAACACCAGCAGCGUCGGAAAGCUUUCUGGCACCUUUACUACUUCCAAUUCUGGCCCCCAAAUCAUAAGCAACAUCAAGUUGGCACCAGCAAAUGCCACUUCCAUCAGCAGUUCGGGUCUACAGCAGCAACAAUUGACAACAACAUCACCUUUCUUACAACAUCAACUAAAGAAUAUAUCAACGACUGGCAUACGAACCCCCGUAAAAAUAUGCCAUUCAUCAAAUGGAAAAGUGUUCAUACAACCUGCCACUUUGGAUGCGGCUUCCAAAGGGAAAUUACAAAGCGCUGUUUCACAUAAACUCUUAUCCAACGCAGUUGUGGGCACUAGCAACACAGGUGCAGGCACGUCAGCGACAAAUCAACCACAGCGUAUUGCUAUACAGAAAGUGCAAAUCAUACCGGCACCACUGAAUUCGCCUGGCAAUUUAACUGGUUCUUUCCACACGGCCCACACGCAAUCCCAGUCGCAGCCAAAAUCAAUCGCAACAACAAGUACUCUUACCUUUAGUGGCAAUAAAGGCAAUAUGAUAUUUGUGCCAUCGGCUGGUGGACGCACAACAUCAGGCACCAUAACAUUGUCGAAAAGUGCGAGUGUUGGUAGUGGUAUUGUUGCUAGUAAAGUGCAGCCAACCACCCAGAACACAGAUGCAGGGAAACCAAAUCUAGUAAUAAUUGGUUCGUCGCCAGCACAAUUGAGCUCAAGUACUUCAAAUAAGACAACAACUUUCAUUGAUGCUACCAACAAGUUGAGUGUAGCCUCAUCGGUGUCUGCCGACAAUGCCAGUGCAAUACAAUUGGAAGCCAAUCAAAUGAUUACCGAAGAUACUCCAGUUGAUAUACUUAAUAUGCCGAUUAUAGUUGAUAGUGGCGAUGGUACCAAUAUCACAAUGGGCAAUAAUAUCGGCGAUACAGUUACGGUAUUGCCAACAUCGCUCGUCGAAAGUGCACAGCAACAGCAACCGUCCACAAUAAUUUUGGGUGCCACCGAUUGGGAAAUGGAAUUGGAUCAGGCAACUGCAGUUGCAGCAGCAACAAAAGCAGCCUCCAAACGCUCAGAACAUCAUCGGCAGUCAAGUAGUCAUACUGGCAAACAGCAUAGUUCACAAAAGCAGCAGCAACAGCAACAGCAACAACAAAUGCAUGACAAGGAAUCGAUUGAUGGUGACACCAUUAUUAUCGAUGAUAGUUUCGAGGAUGUUAUUGUAGAAGAGCAGGAGGAUGGUGAUACUGAUGCUGGUACUGAGACCGAGGGCACAAUCGACGACGGUGAAAUAGACGAAGGAGAAACAGGCGAGGAUACAGCCGGCGAAGAGGGUCAAGAAAUGACCGAAAAAGCAUACACAAUCUUUAGUGGUAAUGAAAGUGAAAGUGAAAUGUUAACAACAACAACAAAACCAAGAGAUACGGUAAAAUUAAAAGUGAGACGCAUGCAGAAAAUAUAUAACAACACCACUGCCACCGCCACUGUAAUCACAGAUGAUGAUGAACCUAUAGAAGUGAUUGACGAUGAUGAAGACGACCACCAUGAAGCGACUGUGGUUGGCAGCCAGAAAAAGUACUCCAAAAGUACACAACAGGAAAGUGAAAAGGGGCAGAGAAUAAUGAAAGUAGCAAAUGCAAACAACGAAAGCAGAAAUAAUAAUUCGGCUAACGCUGAAUGUGACACAGAUGCAGGAUUUGACGAGACAAUUGUUGCCGACAUUGAUGAAAACACCGCUGUCGAAUAUAUCGAAGACGAUAAUACACACGCAACGCAUAAGCAUGAAACAAGUAGGGUUAACGUUUUAGAUGUCACUCGCCCAACUACCACAAAGGUGCAACUGGUGAAGGAGAGUGAAGUAAUCUUGCUGGACGAAAAUGAUGGCACAGCGCCAACAGCAACAACAACGCUUGCCACAGCAACUGUAACAGCAACAGACGAUGCUGCAGUAGAAGAAGAAAUCGUAGUGGAGUCUGAAGACACGGCGAAGGUGCUUAGCGGUAGUGGUGCCUUGACUACGUUAAAUGUUGCUCCGUCAAAAUCAGCAGCAGUCGCUACUAGUAGUGGCAGUGACACGUCGUCGGGCAUACAAUAGAUAAACUAAGCUACAAUUAACUGCAAGUGGCAUGCCUACGUACUGAUGCAUAUUUUUUUACGGACUUCUUGAUUUUAAAUACACAUAUAGCAAUAGAACGAAAUGGUAGUGAGAAAGUGUGUGGCGCAGGCAAAGGGUAAUAGUUAAACAAGUAACAAAUUUAAACAGGUAAUUUUGAAACACAUUUUGGAAAAUAAAUGUAGCAUUAGUGCACUCGUAUGGGAGUGAUUAGGAAAGAAAUAUGGUAGUAGUAAAUAGCCACAACAUAGAAUUACAGCUAUAGGUGAAGUAAAGUAAAUAAACGAGUGUUUAAUAAAGGACAGCAGACUUAGUUAAUGUGAAUGCUAUAAAAAAGGGAGAUAAUGCAUUAGCAAGAUAUUUAAAGAAUACUAUUACUAACUCAAGUAGGUUGGAUUAUAGUUUAUAACUAAUUUACAGUUUGAUUGAAAAUAACGUUUUUAAAAUGAUUUGUUUUAAAUAAAUUAUAUUUCUUUUGUAAAGUUAUGUAGUGUAAGUAAUCUAGUGUAAUUUAAGUACUCACAUGUUUUUUUAUGCGCACCCACGACGAAAACCCUAAUACAACUGAAUUC